CUUCCUCUUUCUUCUUCUCUCUUCUACUUUGAGUUGCGUUUGAGUUUUGAAUUUGGAUUAAUUUAUGUGCAAAUAGUGCCUCAAUUUGGGUUUCUUUGUUGAUUAUUGUACAAUUCCGGUGAACAAAUGUUUGUGAAUUGGGAAUUUUGGGUCUGAGAUCUGUUGGAAUCGGUUUUGUUUGGGUUUGUGGUUGGAUUGAAGAUUUAACACGAGAGAAUGAAAGUUUAAAUUGGUUGUUAAUUUGGGAAAUAGCUUAAUUGGGUGAUUGCAUCAAACCAAAGGAGCAUGUUAAGUAGUAGAAUUGAUCUGGGAAAAUACCAACAAAAAAAUUCAGAUUGGAAUUUGAAGAAAUUAAAGAAUAAGAGCACGGAAUUUUUCUGAGUUCAACCUUGGAAAUCAAGAAUCUGUUUUUGGUGGUCUGGAUUCUUGCAUUUCAUUGUCAUAUAAUUUAUUUUAUGCAUACAAGUGGAUGAGUUUAUAGUUGUCAGAUAUGCAUUUAAUUAGAUAUGACUGCACCAGAACCAUGUCAUUGUCAUCUUGAAUCUUAUUGCAGCCAUUUUCCUUGUAUUUUUACUCAACUAGCAUGGUAUGUUAGCAGUCCUAGUGUCUUAUGAGUUCAACCCCCUAGUUCAAGUCCUUUAAUGUAGGAACUUCAACCUACUAAGCUGGUUAGAGAUGAGUUUACUGAAGCAAGCAUGACAAUGUUCUUGUUUGGCACCUUAAAGUAAACAAGUUGUAAAGCUAGACUUGAGAGCAUUUUUUGCGUAAUAGGCAAAUGAGCUUGGAUGAGCCACUUGACUGGCAUAGCCGGAGAAGUGCUAUACUUUUGAACUCCACAUGGGAAUCGUGAUUUUGUAUUAUGGUAUCAUAGAUGUUGCAGUAUUUAUUGCAUAAUUUUUUUUUGAGGUAUGCAAGAUGCAAGAUAUGCUGUUAAGUGUUAACAUUGCAUGAGAUUGGGGAUUACUGUUGUUCCUGCAAUAUGUUGGAAAAAUAUUUUGUCAUUAUUGCGGCAUUUUCAAAUAUGUGAUUAGCUAGCUAUAUGUCGAAGCAAGAACAUGAUCUAUGAUGUCUCAACUUUUUGUAUAAAAUGUCUUAUCAUCGAGGUAAUAUAAAAAAAAGCUUGGGGGAUCAUUGAUUCUCGGUCCCUGCAGAAGAAUUGUCAAAGUCAUGUACACUGCAGGUUUGCUGCCGAGAUAUUUCAUGACUUGCAUGAAGAAGUGAUGGCUACUUCUGCAAGAGGCCAUGGUUUAAUGGUUCGUGUCCAACAGCUUGAGGCAGAAUUUCCCUCAAUCGAGAAGGCAUUUCUCUCCCAGACCAAUCAUUCAUCUUUCUUUUACAAUACUGGUGUUGACUGGCAUCCUAAUCUGCGUAUGGACCAGAGUCUGAUCACACAGGGAGAUCUACCUCGAUUUGUUAUGGACUCCUAUGAAGAAUGCCGGGGUCCACCUCAGUUAUUCCUUCUAGACAAGUUUGAUGUUGCGGGUGCUGGUGCAUGUUUGAAGCGCUACACUGAUCCUUCAUUCUUUAAAGUGGACUCAUCAUCCUCUGGAAUGACAAAUGCAAAAGUUCAGAGGGAAAAGAAAAUCCGCAAAGCUAAGAAGAAAGGAUCACACUGGAGGAAUGGAGGAACCCCAGAGGUUCUAACAACAUCAAAUGCCAAACUGCAUCAGUUAUUUUUGGAAGAGAGUGUUGAGAAUCAUAUCAAUGACCCUGCACGUCGUGUGAAACUGAAGAGGAGGCUGAAUGGAUUUCCAUUUGGCUCAAAAACCGGGAAAAGUUACAUGGAACAAUUCUUGAAGAGUCCUACACCUGAUAGUAAUGUUCGUGAAAUCUCUGUUAACUUGUCGCCCUUAAAAUUGCCAUCCAAUAUUACUGGUGAAUCCGGGAUUGAAGUUCUUGAAAUCAGUACAGUUAGUCCUGAUAAAGAAUUAGUGCACCCAUGUUCAUCUCCUGAUGUUGAGGAGACAGGACGAAAACCAACCAUCGAUGAGCUGAGUGAGGAGGUCGAGUAUGGAAUUUCUGAAGUGCCUGGACUGAACCCUAUUUCUGAAGCAGAUAAUGUUCUGUCCACACUUCAUGAAGAUGUAGAUGAAAAGGAAAUAGCAGUUGACAGGGGAAGGAAAAUAGAAGGCAGUGUAGAUGGUUACCAAUCUGAUGAUAUUGCAAGUGAGGUAGACAAUUAUAUGGAUGCCCUUACUACCAUGGAUUCAGAGAUGGAAACCGACACUGAGUGUAAAGCCAAGAAUGAUCUGCAUUUCUUGAAUGUUGAAAAUCAGGGGAUAGAUUCUGAUGCAAAUGAAGAACAGCGGGACAUUCAAGCUCAUUUUUCAGAUUCUCAAUCAAUAGGAAACUCCACUGCAACAGAUGAUGGAAACAGCUCAUCCAAAAAAGGACUAUUUAGUUUUUCAUUUUCUGAUUCUCUAAGCAAUUCGACUGAGAAUAUGCUAUCUGAUGGGGAUGUUUCAGCUAAAGCUCUCCAAUCUACUGAAAUUUGUGAAUUUGAGAUUGUUAACAUGGCAUCUGACAGGCAUACUGUCAAUGAGGAGAGUCCAUUGACCCAAGCUCCAAAGCACAUGGCCUGUGAUGGUGUUUGCAAUGAAGAAGCCAAUAUCCCAAGUUACAGGCCUGAAUUUGCAGAACCAUCCUCUAUUUCCUGUCAUGCUGAUUCAACUCCCAUGCUUGUACCUGUAGAUCCAGUAAAAAGUUUGAUGGAAUGUUCAUCAGUGGAACCGGAAUUGGAUGAAAUAUCUUCCAAUAAUGAACUUAAUACAAAAUAUAGUAAUCUGGAAGAGAAUACAGCAUAUCUGGGAGAAAAUUUACCCUGCACAUCUAAUCUCUCUGAUAGUCCUUCCCAAACGCGAGAUGAUUUCCCCCCUGAGCUGUCUUCUGAACACCAUCAUGCGGAUGAGUUUGAUGAUGAGGAUCCACACACAUUAUCUCAUGCUUCACAGCAACUUUCAAACAUCUUGGAGCCAGCUGCUCAUGGAAAGAAUAGUAAUGAAAGUUUGGUAGAUGAUUCACUUCAAGCAGAAUACGCAGAAGAUGAAUGUCCCGAAAUUUCGGUUGACAUUCAGAUUGACUCACCACAUUCAGUUGCUUCACAUGCAGAAGAGCAGCAUCUUGAUUCAGCCUUCCCAGAACUGGAAACUUGUCAUCCUGAUAUGAAGCCUGAUGGCAUAGUUUCUAAAGUAGAUGAUGCUCCUCCAAUGCCCGAGGAGAAAGCAAUUAGCUCAACUCCGACGGUGGAUAAUCUAGAGGCUACUAGCUUUACAAAGCAGCAGUUCCUAGGAAUAUCAGAAAAUAUUUCCCCACAUGAACUUGAUUCAGCAGAAGUGGGUUUUUCAUAUUCUAGAGAGAAAAAUCUUGAUGCGGCUUCCAAUGCAGCAGAUUGUGAAGAAUCGGGUGGAUUCUCCACUGACAUGGAUAUCAUUGGAAAGGAUGAUAGCAGCCUUAAAUUUUCACCUGAUUUUCAAAGCUCUCCAGAUCCUCCACCAGUUCCCAAUGUGCAUUUAGAUGAUGUAGUAACUGAAACUGUUCAUUCCGAAGUUGUGAUUGUGGCUACUGCUGUUGUUGGCUCACAUUGUGAUGAUAAUGAAGACGACAGCAAGUCUUGUACUACCAGUCCCACAAAAUUGCAAGAAGAAUCUAUUACUAUUCUUGAGGAUUUACAUCAGAAUAGUAUGGAAAUCAACAAGGCAUGUUCCCCAGAGCAUCUUCAAGAAUCUUGCACAGAAAAGGAGGUGGAUCAACAGGCAGUUGCUUCAUCAAAUUUGGAUUCUGUUUUGUGCAAUACAGUUUCUUGUGAUGAUUCUAAUUCAGAAUUCCUCAAUAGUGUUAUUGACUCUUCUAAGGUUGCAACAUCCAGAAACAGUUUGCAUAUUGCUGAUGCUACCACAGUCCCAUUGUCUUCAGAUCAACAUGACCAAGAUUCAGAGUCAAAAUCUGCCCAGAAGAUUAAUGCUAUUGAGAUUGCAGAAGAUACUGUAUCUUCACCUACCCAUCAUAAUGCAGAGCUAAAAAUGCAUAUUGCUGAUGCUACGACAGUCCCAUUGUCUUCAGAUCAACAUGACCAAGAUUCAGAGUCAAAACCUGCCCAGAAGAUUAAUGCUAUUGAGAUUGCAGAAGAUAUUGUAUCUUCACCUACCCAUCAUAAUGCAGAGCUAAAAAUGCAUAUUGCUGAUGCUACGACAGUCCCAUUGUCUUCAGAUCAACAUGAUCAAGAUUCAGUGUCAAAAUCUGCCCAGAAGAUUAAUGCUAUUGAGAUUGCAGAAGACACUGUAUCUUCACCUAUCCAUCAUAAUGCAGAGCUAAGAACUCCAUUGGAGCAAAAGGUUGAGUUACAAGAUGAUCAAUUUGAUGUGGAAUCAUGGGGUGAGCAAGAUUCAGAAUCAAAAUCUGCCCUUCAGAUUCAUGUUGUUGAGAAAGCAGAAGAUGCUGCAUCUUCACCUACCCAUCAUAUUGCAGAGCUAACAACUCCUUUGGAACAAAAGAUUGACUUACAAGAUGAUCAAUUUGAUGUAGAAUAUUGGCAUGCAGACCAAGCAAGCUCCGAGCCAUUUUCUCUGGUGGAUCAAAUACAAUCUCCAAAUUACCUGGAUCAGGAAAGAUACACUGAUGCUUCGUCCGAAUUUUGUGCAGCACAACCUCCUGUGUCGGAGUUCUUUCCACAACUUGAUGUCUCUGAGCAAGCCAAGGAUUCUGGCCUGCUUCCUGAGGUAUCUCAAAUCAAUUUGGAUGAGAUGCCUCCAUUGCCACCUCUUCCUCCAAUGCAGUGGAGGUUAGGGAAGGUCCAAAAUGCUUCCCUAGCUUCAGAGAGAGAUUUUGUAGGACAUAAUCCGGGUUCCUUUCCACCAAUAUUGCCAUCUACAGCUGAUGCAAAAACUCAAUUGUGUCAUCCAGCAAUAGAGGGAGAAAUUAUUCAACCUUCAAACCCAUUUUUGCCAAUCUCAACUUUAAAAGAUGAGAAUUCUCAACAUGGUUGUAACAACUUAGUGGGUUAUAUGGUGCAUUACGAUACAUCGUCAUUGCAAGUGCCAACCAUGGUUAAUCACAGAAAUAGUGAAGACGAUUUCUCAUCUUCAAUUAGAACACAAACCACAAACCCAUUCUUAAAGCUGCCAACAAUAUAUAGUGAAAGUUCAGAACAUGGUUUCCUCACUUCUGAGGGAGAAACAGCACAGCCUAGUGUGAAUCCAUUCUCACCAGUGACCAAUGUUGGAGAUACAGUUUUUACGUUUGCUUCCGGGUCUUUGCCGAAAAAACUGGUUCAGCCUCUGCAUCAAUCAGCACCAGAAACAAGUUUGGAGGAUGAGAAGCUUCAGAGUACCUCUGUAAUUUCUGAUGGGAAACCGGUUGUGCAGGAUGACCAGCCCCAGCAUGUUUUUUCAACUUCGGAAGGACAAACUGAUUGGUCAAUGGGUGCAUGUGUUCCACUUCCACCUUUUGAAGAUGGAAAGCCAAAUGGAAAUAGGCCGAUGAAGCUUCCAAGACCUCCAAAACCUCUCAUUGAUGCUGUCGCUGCCCAUGACAAAAGCAAGAUGAAGAAGGUAACGGAACGGGUUCGGCCUCAGAUUGGACAGAAGGCUGAUGAAAGAGAUUCACUACUGGAACAAAUACGAACCAAGUCUUUCAACUUGAAACCUGCAACCUUGGCAAGACCCAGCAUUCAGGGUCCUAAUACCAAUUUAAAAGUUGCUGCCAUUUUGGAGAAAGCUAAUGCUAUUCGCCAGGCAUUUGCUGGAAGUGAUGAUGAAGAUGAUGAUGAAGAUAGCUGGAGUGAUUCAUAAAAAAAUUAUUUUCUAGGGAUGCUUUUGCGUUGAGAUAAUUACGAUGAAGUGUAUUGUGAUUCUUGAAGCCGAAUGCUUAGGAUUUUUGGCUCUUGGGUCUCCAAUAUGCUGUAUUCUUUUCCUGCUCUACUGUAGCUCCGAUUCUCCAUGUAUGAUAUUUCUUCUCUCUGUCUCUCUCAGAUGUAGUUAUUAGUGGUUGUGUCCUGCCCACAGAAAUUUGUGGGGGUUACCUACGUGAUAUACGAGUGAGAGUUGAGGUGUAGCGUGCAAGCGCUUUAUUGUUCAAUUUCUAUGUAGAUUUAGGCGGGUAUAUAUUGGAUUGGGGGUGUCACGUGAUUUCAUUUGUAAUGCAUGUUGUAUGCAUUUUUUGUAACUAGUAUAUCAGCAUUGUUGUAGCUUGGAUUCUAUAUACUUGAAUGCUUUUUUCUAGUCAAUGUUCCCUUGGCUUUGCAAAUUGUA